AUUCCCACUGGAAAUCCACUGUAUGAAUCUUAUUACAAACAGGUAGACCCAGCGUACACGGGGCGAGUUGGGGCGAGUGAAGCUGCACUUUUCCUGAAGAAAUCCGGCCUCUCAGACAUUAUCCUUGGGAAGAUAUGGGACCUGGCCGACCCAGAAGGUAAAGGGUUCUUGGACAAACAGGGUUUCUACGUUGCACUGAGACUCGUGGCCUGUGCGCAGAGUGGCCAUGAAGUGACCUUGAGCAAUCUGAACCUGAGCAUGCCGCCGCCUAAGUUCCAUGACACCAGCAGCCCGCUGAUGGUCACGCCGCCUUCCGCAGAGGCCCACUGGGCCGUGAGGGUGGAAGAAAAGGCCAAGUUCGAUGGGAUCUUCGAAAGCCUCUUGCCCAUCAACGGCUUGCUCUCUGGAGACAAAGUCAAGCCGGUCCUCAUGAACUCUAAGCUACCUCUCGACGUCCUGGGCAGGGUCUGGGACCUCAGCGACAUCGACAAGGACGGGCACCUGGACCGAGAUGAGUUUGCUGUGGCCAUGCACUUGGUGUACCGAGCCCUCGAGAAGGAGCCCGUGCCCUCCGUCCUGCCCCCGUCCCUCAUCCCACCCUCCAAGAGAAAGAAGACUGUGUUCCCCGGCGCCGUGCCUGUCCUGCCCGCCAGCCCUCCGCCCAAAGACAGCCUCCGCUCCACACCGUCCCACGGCAGCGUCAGCAGCCUCAACAGCACGGGGAGCCUGUCCCCUAAGCACAGCAUCAAACAAACACAGCCAACAGUGAACUGGGUGGUGCCGGUGGCGGACAAGAUGCGGUUUGACGAGAUCUUCCUGAAGACUGACCUGGACCUGGACGGCUACGUGAGCGGCCAGGAGGUGAAGGAGAUCUUCAUGCACUCGGGCCUCACCCAGAACCUUCUAGCGCACAUAUGGGCCCUGGCCGAUACGAGGCAAACGGGGAAGCUAAGCAAAGACCAAUUCGCGUUAGCUAUGUAUUUCAUUCAGCAGAAGGUCAGUAAAGGCAUCGACCCUCCGCAAGUCCUCUCGCCGGACAUGGUCCCGCCCUCAGAGAGAGGCACCCCCAUCCCGGACAGUGCAAGCUCUCUGGCCUCAGGGGAGUUCACUGGUGUGAAGGAGCUUGACGACAUCAGCCAGGAGAUCGCCCAGCUGCAAAGGGAGAAAUUCUCACUGGAGCAAGACAUUAGAGAAAAGGAAGAGGCAAUCAGACAGAAAACCAAUGAAGUACAGGAAUUGCAGAACGAUCUCGACCGGGAGACAAGCAGUCUUCAAGAGCUGGAAGCCCAGAAGCAGGACGCCCAGGACCGCCUGGACGAGAUGGACCAGCAGAAGGCCAAGCUCCGGGACAUGCUGAGUGACGUCAGGCAGAAGUGCCAGGACGAGACCCAGAUGAUCUCAUCAUUGAAAACACAAAUCCAGUCUCAGGAGUCUGACUUAAAGUCCCAGGAAGAUGACCUGAACCGGGCCAAGUCGGAGCUGAACCGAUUGCAGCAGGAAGAGACCCAGCUAGAACAGAGCAUCCAGGCCGGGCGCGUCCAGCUGGAGACCAUCAUCAAAUCUCUGAAAUCCACACAGGACGAGAUCAACCAGGCAAGAAGCAAACUCUCCCAGCUCCACGACAGCCGCCAGGAGGCCCACAGAAGCCUGGAGCAGCUCGACGGGGUGCACGGCGCCAGCCUGCCGGACCUGACCAACCUGGGCGAAGGCGUGUCCCUGGCGGAGAGGGGCGGCUUUGGAGCCAUGGACGAUCCUUUCAAAAAUAAAGCCUUGUUACUUAGCAACAACACCCAAGAACUGCAUCCGGAUCCUUUCCAGACGGAAGACCCCUUCAAAUCCGACCCAUUUAAAGGAGCCGACCCCUUCAAAGGCGACCCGUUCCAGAAUGAUCCUUUUGCAGAACAACAGACAGCUUCAGCAGACCCGUUUGGAGGGGAUCCUUUCAAGGAAAGCGACCCAUUUCGUGGCUCGGCCACCGACGACUUCUUCAAGAAACAAGCAAAGAACGACCCAUUUACCUCAGACCCGUUCACAAAAAACCCUUCCUUACCUUCCAAGCUCGACCCGUUUGAAUCCACCGAUCCCUUUUCAUCCUCCAGCAUCUCCUCAAAAGGAUCAGAUCCCUUUGGAACCUUAGAUCCCUUCGGAAGCGGGUCCUUCAACAGCGCUGAGGGCUUUGCCGACUUCAGCCAGAUGUCCAAGCCCCCACCUUCUGGCCCUUUCACCUCCUCCCUGGGAGGGGCAGGAUUCUCAGAUGACCCCUUUAAAAGUAAACAGGACACUCCUGCUCUGCCUCCGAAGAAACCCGCUCCUCCACGGCCUAAACCGCCCAGCGAAGCCACGGCUGAACAGAAAAAUCCCACACUGUACUCGCUGCUGGGUGGUAAAAGUACACCUGUAAGCCAGCUUGGUUCCGCAGACUUUGCUGAACCCCCCGAUCCAUUCCAGCCACUGGGGGCUGACAGCGGCGACCCGUUCCAAAAUAAGAAGGGGUUUGGGGACCCGUUUAGUGGAAAGGAUCCGUUUGUCCCCUCCUCUUCAGCUAAACCUUCUAAGGCCUCUUCUUCGGGUUUUGCAGACUUCACCUCUUUUGGGAAUGAGGAGCAGCAGCUGGCCUGGGCCAAGCGGGAGAGCGAGAAGGCGGAGCAGGAGAGGCUGGCGCGGCUGCGGCGGCAGGAGCAGGAGGACCUGGAACUGGCCAUCGCGCUCAGCAAGGCCGACAUGCCGGCCGCGUAGACGCGGCGCCCCCGGCAGGCAGGAUGGCGGAGGAGCAAAGGCAGGCAUCUCUAUAUUACUCAACUCCCCCCCCCCAACACACACACACAGAGCGUCCCCGUCCCACGUCGUGACAUGCCACAGCCACCAAGCGUCAAAGACUUAAGCGGGUCGGACGGAGGGCCUCUGGCUCUGGACAGGGUUCGAACACAGGCCGCAGAAAGGUCUGGGAAGGUUGCGCUUCUCCUGGGGGAGCGCCUGGCACGGGCCUCAUCCUCGGCCGCUGCUGGGCUUUCCUUCCACCGUGCCAUUCCCUGGGAGGGGGUCGCGUCUGGAUCUUGGGGGAUGAGCACAGGGUGGAAGGCUGGCGGAGGAGAGGAAGAGGCCAGAACCUCCCUGCCUCCUCCCGGCCCAUCUCUGCAGACAAGCACCGCCCAUACCCAGGAUGCACUGCCCCCAGCCCCUCCCCGCAUCAGAGAGACACCCCCCCAGCGAUGUAUGCAUUCGUUGUAU